AUGUCGACGUGGGGAGAGUAUUUCCGGGUUACGACCUAUGGCGAAUCCCACUGCCGCUCUGUCGGCUGCAUCGUCGACGGCUGCCCCCCAGGCAUGCAACUCACAGAAGACGACAUCCAGCCCCAAAUGACCCGCCGACGCCCCGGCCAGAGCGCGCUGACGACCCCGCGAAACGAAAAGGACCGCGUCGAGAUUCAGUCGGGAACGGAAUUCGGAGUCACCCUGGGAACACCGAUUGGCAUGAUGGUCCGCAACGAGGACCAGAGACCCAAGGACUACGGCGGCAGCACGAUGGAUCUGUACCCUCGCCCCAGCCAUGCGGAUCUGACUUACCUCGAAAAGUACGGUGUCAAAGCUAGCAGUGGUGGUGGCCGUAGCAGUGCCCGUGAGACAAUUGGUCGUGUUGCCGCCGGUGCUAUCGCGGAGAAGUACUUGCGUCUUUCGCACGGCGUUGAGAUUGUGUCGUUCGUCUCCUCUGUCGGCAAUGAGCACCUCGUCCCCCCGACCUCCGAGCACCCCACCGCCUCCACGAACCCCGAAUUCCUCAACCUCUUGGAAACCAUUGACCGCCAGACCGUCGACUCCUUCGCGCCCACCCGCUGCCCCAGCGAAGAAGCCGCCGCACGCAUGACCAAGGUCAUCGAGAAAUAUCGCGACAACCACGACAGCAUCGGUGGCACAGUCACCUGCGUUAUCCGCAACGUCCCCAUCGGCCUUGGCGAGCCCUGCUUCGACAAGCUCGAGGCCAAGCUCGGACACGCCAUGCUUUCCAUUCCCGCGACCAAGGGCUUCGAAAUCGGCUCUGGCUUCGGCGGUUGCGAAGUUCCCGGCUCGAUUCACAACGACCCCUUCGUCGCCUCUGAGGUUGAGUCCCGCACCGGCACUGCCACCACUACCAAGCAGCGCCUGACAACCCGCACCAACAACUCCGGCGGUAUCCAGGGUGGUAUUUCGAACGGCGCAUCGAUCUACUUCCGCGUCGCGUUCAAGCCUCCCGCGACUAUCGGGCAGGCGCAGGAAACCGCGCAGUACGAUCUGACUACUGGUGUGUUGGAGGCCAAGGGUAGACAUGACCCGUGCGUUGUGCCGAGAGCUGUUCCCAUUGUUGAGGCUAUGGCUUCGUUGGUUGUCAUUGAUGCGUUGAUGGCGCAGUAUUCGAGGGAGAAUGCACGGAGUUUGCUGCCGCCGUUGCCGAAGGAUAUUCCUACUCGUCCUUAG